CAUUCACACACCUGCGAAAUAUUUACCGAGCGCUCAGCCACCACCACGACCACCCCUCGUAAUCGUUAAAUGUCAAACUGUGGUGAUUUUAUUUUAUUUUGGCGGUUUGUUUUAUGGCGUGAUAUAAAAUGCGUUGUUCGGAUUGGGGGCGUGUCUCCAAGCGCGAUCCGUAGGACACAUUUCUUUUCCAUCUGUUGUUUCAGCGACACUUUUAACAGGGAUAUUUUGACUACAUAAAUUAGUAGUCACCUAAACGCCCGUCUCUUGGUAGUGUAGAUUAGAGCGCCUUCACAACAUGUGAGUUAGAUACGUGCGCGAUAUUGUCUCUGUGAGGGUUUUCAGCUGUAGCAGUGCGCUUUCAGUUCCCCUUUCUACUGAAGCUGAACGGGCCCGUCUCAUCUCAAAAAUAUCCUCAAACAUGGAGCACACCGGCUGCGUCAACAUCUGCAGUCUCACCAGCACCUUACCGGUGAUCCCGUAUCGGAAAUUAACGGACCUGCACUAUAUCAGUAAGGGAGGCUUCGGGACCGUGUUCAGGGCGCAGCACAGCGACUGGCGCACCACAGUAGCGAUCAAGUGCUUGAAACUGGAUUCACCGGUUGGUGAGAGGGAAAGGAACUGUUUAUUGAAGGAAGCUGAGGUUCUUCACAAAGCUCGAUUUAACCACAUCAUCCAGAUCUUUGGGGUGUGUAAUGAGCCCGAGUUCUUCUGCAUUGUGACCGAGUACAUGACCAACGGAUCACUGGAUGAGCUCCUGCAUGAGAAAGAUAUGUACCCAGUGGUGGCCUGGCCAUUGAGGCUGCGUAUCCUUUAUGAGAUCGCUUUAGGAGUAAACUUCCUCCACAAUAUGACGCCACCCCUUCUACACCAUGACCUUAAAACUCAGAACAUCCUGAUGGAUGGGGAGUACCAUGUUAAGAUAGCUGAUUUUGGCUUAUCUAAAUGGCGCCAGCUCUCUAUCACUAAAGGGUCCGGCUCCAAACCUGCCGAAAUGGGAGGCACAGUCAUCUAUAUGCCACCUGAGGAGUAUGAACCUUCCAAGAACCGCAGAGCUGAUGUCAAAUAUGACAUGUACAGUUACGCCAUCAUCAUGUGGGAAGUGCUUUCAAGACGGAUACCAUAUGAAGAGGCCACCAAUCCCAUGCAGAUCAUGUUCAGCGUUCUCCGCGGAUCGCGACCCGACACGGACCUGGACAGUCUGCCAGCAGACAUCCCCAGCCGAGAGACCCUCAUUAACCUCAUGACCUGCGGCUGGACCGCCAACCCAGAUGAACGGCCCUCCUUUCUCAAUUGCCUUGUUGAACUGGAGCCCAUGAUGAGAAGAUUUGAUGAGAUUGAUUUCUUGGAAGCAGUGUUGGAAGUCAAACGAAGUAAGUAUAUGAGGCCAUCAAGCUGCUGCUCAUCGACUCAAACAAACGGAAAAAGAAUUGAGGAAAAGAUUGUGAAGGAACAAAAUGUCCCUUGGCCAGACAACAGUUCCACAUCUGGAUCAGGAUCCUGCUCUUCCCAGGAAGCAGAAAUGUCCCAUCCGGGCUUCCUUACCAUAUCAAAUCCCUCUCGAGGUGUGUCAGGUGCUCAGGCUGGUCCGCAGGCAUCAUUAAUGUCCCUUCCACUUGAUUCUCCAAAGCCUCUUGUGGACCACUGCUCUCGGAACAACCUCAGUCCCGAAUACCAGACGGCACAGCCUGUGUCCGACCUCAACAUACCUUUUAAACCGCAUACGCCUCAGAGUGAAAGCGACCUGGCUCUUGCCAUACAACCCCUCACGCUGCAGCCACACCCACAAGAUUUUGUCACAGCAUCGGACACUCAAGGUCCGGCGGCUCGCUGGAUUGCUGCCCGAAGGGAGGACAUCGUGCGGCAGAUGACGGAGGCGUGUCUCAAUCAGAGUUUAGACGCUCUGUUGUCCCGUGAGCUGCUGAUGCGCGAGGACUAUGAACUGGUCGUGAACCAGCCCACGCGUACCGCCAAAGUGCGGAAGCUUCUGGACACUUGCGAGCGGCAUAGCGAGGACUUCUGCCGCGUGGUGGUGCGGAAGCUCCAGGACAACAAACAGAUGGGCCUGCAUCCCUACCCCGACCUCGGCACCACCAGCCCUCCGCCGCCACCUUAUACAGCCCCCAGCGCCCCCUUUCUCUCCCACUCCUUCAACAACACACGAAACUUCUGACCUUCUCCCAACUCCCAAUCACUGCUCUUGAACCGGAGCUCCGUGAGUCCUUCUUUCAGUUAAGGAUGGUUCCUGUUCAAACGCUCUUACAUUUGUUUGUGCUGCUUGGCCGAUACUUUGUGUGCCUGGACAAGUGCUUUUGCCCCUGUGGUUAAGGUGUUGGUGCUUAUGACACACUUUUUAUGGUAUCAACUUGAACGCAUCGUACAAGGCCGACUAUGGUGAAAUAAUCACUUGGCUUGUGUUGACAUAAUGCCUAAAUCCUUGAUGAAAGGGAUGCAAAUUUAAGCUGUACGGUGGUUUGACAUUGUCACGUUUAAACCUUUAUUCCAGCCAUCAAAAUAAUCUGGUUGCUGCUACUUCAGUGAAACGCCUAAGAAAUCGAUCCUGCACUUUUUUCAUGCCAGCGAACUUGGUAAAAUAGAAGACUUGAGGUAAAGUUAUAAAGAAAAACACACCCUCCUGUAAUGCCAAGUAACGUCCAUAUUACUGCACAGUUACAUGUCUGGACUUGAUGAAAACUCAUAUGAAUCGGUGGUUUCGUUCUUCCUUGUUUUCCACAGUGAGGGCUGUUCGUUGUUUCGCUUUGUGUUGAA